GUGGUUCAGACAAUACUCUCCAAGAUGGUUCAGACAAUACCAUCCAAGAUGGUUCAGACAAUACCAUCCAAGAUGGUUCAAACAACACCCUCCAAGAUGGUUCAAACAAUACCCUCCAAGAUGGUUCAAACAACACCCUCCAAGAUGGCUCAAACAACACCCUCCAAGAUGGUUCAAACAACACCCUCCAAGAUGGUUCAAACAACACCCUCCAAGAUGGUUCAAACAAUACUCUCCAAGAUGGCUCAAACAAUACUCUCCAAAAUGGUUCAAACAAUACUCUCCAAGAUGGCUCAAACAACACCCUCCAAAAUGGUUCAAACAACACCCUCCAAGAUGGCUCAAACAAUACCCUCCAAGAUGGUUCAAACAACACCCUCCAAAAUGGUUCAAACAAUACUCUCCAAGAUGGCUCAAACAAUACCCUCCAAAAUGGUUCAAACAAUACUCUCCAAGAUGGCUCAAACAACACCCUCCAAAAUGGUUCAAACAAUACCAUCCAAGAUGGCUCAAACAAUACCCUCCAAGAUGGUUCAAACAAUACUCUCCAAGAUGGCUCAAACAACACCCUCCAAAAUGGUUCAAACAACACCCUCCAAGAUGGCUCAAACAAUACCCUCCAAGAUGGUUCAAACAAUACUCUCCAAGAUGGCUCAAACAACACCCUCCAAAAUGGUUCAAACAACACCCUCCAAGAUGACUCAAACAACACCCUCCAAGAUGGUUCAAACAACACCCUCCAAGAUGACUCAAACAACACCCUCCAAAAUGGUUCAAACAACACCCUCCAAGAUGACUCAAACAACACCCUCCAAGAUGGUUCAAACAACACCCUCCAAGAUGGUUCAAACAACACCCUCCAAGAUGGUUCAAACAACACCCUCCAAGAUGGUUCAAACAAUACCCUCCAAGAUGGUUCAAACAACACCCUCCAAGAUGGUUCAAACAACACCCUCCAAGAUGGUUCAAACAAUACCCUCCAAGAUGGUUCAAACAACACCCUCCAAGAUGGUUCAAACAAUACCCUCCAAGAUGGUUCAAACAACACCCUCCAAGAUGGUUCAAACAACACCCUCCAAGAUGGUUCAAACAAUACCCUCCAAGAUGGUUCAAACAACACCCUCCAAGAUGGUUCAAACAAUACUCUCCAAGAUGGUUCAAGCAACAAUUACCAAGAUUAA